AAUCAAUCAGAAUUCAUCUGGUUUGGGUGUCAUCUGGUACAAAAUUCUUCGGUCAACUUGGGAAACAUCACUUGUUGGACUAAUGGGUCAAAUUCCGAGGUCUACGACACUACGGGAAUAUUAAUAUCUUAUAAUAAUCAGGAGAAUUAUUCAUGUUUGGCCUAUGAUAAAGGAGACACUGGUGGAUUGACAUUGAAAAACUGCUCGGAUACUGGAGUUGUUGUGUGUUUAUCUGGUUUAGCAACAGAAAUUGCUUCGGAGGAAUUAACAACAGAUGUUGCUUCGGAGGAAUUGUCAACUGCGAACCCAAUAUUUGAAUCAACUGAGUCAGUAACUGCUACGAUGGUGUCUGAAGAAAGCUCUGCAAGAAGCACAGAGGACAGAAGUGAAGGAUCUUCAACUAUCACCGUCCCAAGAACAGCCACCAUCAGAUCGACAGCUACCACAACAGGGAUGUCAACCAACAACACUCAUGGAUCAGAAAAUACCAUCAGAUCAACAGCUACUACAGAAGGGAUGUCAACCAAUGCUCAAGGAUCAGAAAAUACCAUCAGUUCAACAGCUACUACAGAAGGGAUGUCACCCAAUGCUCAUGGAUCAGAAAAUACCAUCAGUUCAACAGCAACUACAGAAGGGAUGUCAACCAACACUCGUGGAUCGGAAAAUCUGCCCAGGUCAACUACAUUAUCAAAUGGACCGUCAAACACAAUGUCAGCCAUCUUCAAGAGGAAUGUUUCACAGAAGCAAGGUGGUACAUGUGGUUUGGGAGAUGGCUUUCCAGUCCGAUCUGCUCUUCAGUGUGCUUCUGCUUGCUUAGGAGCAACAGAUCAUACUUGUCAAGGGUAUGAUCUUAUUCGCAACACCGCUGGGAGAUUGAAGUGUUUGCUAAAUACAGGCUCACGAGAUGCCCACUCUGAGUGUGACUUUGUCAAACACAUGUAGAUUACGAGGAAGAGAGGACUGAAAGAGAAAAAAGGUAAAACAAAUAUACAAAUAAACAUUCUGUCUUAAAGGGUAGCAGACUAUGCAUACCUCCUGAAAUUAAUAGAGAUAUCUGCUCACAUUCAUUUGAUUCUUUUGAUACAAUUAUCAUAUUCAAAAUCUCAUGAAACAAAUUAGACUGGCAAAGAUAUUUUUUUCAACGGAUAUAAAGAAUAUAUACUUUAUUUAUUAAAAAAUAUUUGUCCACAUUUCAUUUCAAACCAUUCUGUAUGCAUAAUGAAGCCGAUUUCAAACAGCAUAUCAAAUUUACAUUUUACUUUCAAUUCGGAAAUCACAAACUUUGCCACAAUACUGCUUACACCAUAUUUAAUGACCAAGGGCCAAAUCAACCCCAACAAAAAAGUUGGAUGAAUUAUGUUUAAUGAAGCAGAAAAAUUAUCCAGGUCAAAGAGUGUUCAAUUCUUAAUUACCGGUAUGAUAAAAAAUAAUAAGGAUAUUUUUUUAAGUAGCAGUAAAUCAAACAUAAUUGGCAACUGAAGUAACACUUUGUUCUCCUAUAUAAUUAUUUUUGAGUUUUACAAAAUAACAAUGUCAAGCAAAUAUAAAAUAGGUCAGACUCAUAUCACAAACAGGGAAAUGGUUAUUAUAUGCCAAUAUUAUUGAGGCAAAACAUGCUGUCUUAACAAAUUACAGCACUUAAAGAACCAGACCGGA